AUGGCGAAGCUCGUGGACCGGUCGCUGGGGUGGUCCUUCGGGCUCCAGAUCUCCACGGGUCAUCGCGCGGUGGUGCUGCGGAGGUAUAUCGGGGGUCAGGGAGGUCCGGUGCUCUACGAUGUUCCGGGGAAAAUCCGGCGCAGGCAAGGGUCGAGGUUGGGGUUGGUGGCCGCGGUGCUGCUCCUGGUGCUCGGGCGAAGCUCCUGCAAGGUUGGCCGGGGUUGUGGCACGGCGGAGCGGCGAGUCCGCGGCGGCACAGGGGCGGAGCUGAGUGCGUGGAGCUCGCCGCCACCCCUACCUCGUCGCCUUCCACUGGAGCUUGCGGACUCCACGCUCGCCGCCGCCCCUGGCUCGCCGCUUCCUCCGCUCGGUCUCGAGCCAGUGGCACGGCAGAGCAGGGGCCCCACCCCCGUCGGCGCAGCGGGAAGAACUGGUGGCGGCGGUGCAUCCAGCUGGACAUCGUGGAGCACCCCGGCGCCGGCGGACUCGGCACCGGAGGCGGCGGGUCGGCGUCCUUCUUCAAGCUGUGGUGCGAGCAGACGCCGGGCAGCGGCAGCGGGCACGGCAGCUCGGGAAGGGGCGGCGGCGCUCGCAGAGGCGUCGCUCUUCCUGUUCGAGAAGGCCUACUGGACAUGGAAGGUCUCCGUCCGCAAGCUGCUCCACCAGGUGAGCGCCGAGUGCAAGCUGGGCGCGUACGGGCUCGUCUCACUCACGCACUCCGUCUCGCUGGCGAGCACGAGGAUCGACCUCGUGCCUCGGCUCUGCUAUGCUCUGCGGCGGUGGACGGGCAGCGACGCGCGUCCCCUGCGAGCGGCCGCAUGCACGACCGCCGCGUUGCCGCGCAGGCCCGACCGCCACGUCGCCACCGCACGCAGCUCCGCAUGCCGCGGCCGCGCCCCGCCGCCGCGCAUGGCUCCGUCCGCCUCGUCGAGCUCCGACAGCCGCGGUCGGGUCCCGCCGCCGCCCACGGCUCCACCGGCCGCGAUCGCGCCCCGCCACGCCCACGAGCUCGCCGCUGCGGUCGCCCUCGUCAAGCUUCGCCGGCCAUGGUCGGGCCCCGCCGCCGCCCGCAGCUCCGCCGGCUGCGGUCGCGCCCCGGCCGCUGCCGGCACCGCGCGCGUCACCACACCGCGGCCCUAG